UCGGAGCCGCUCUUGUCUCCGCACCAGGGCCGGCUCCUUGCUCCGGCCCGUUCCCCAUGUGGCUGAACCGCAGUUUCAGGCUCCUGGGCCUGCUCCCGGGCUCGCUCCGAGCUGCCGGUCGUCGCAUGGUCCGCGGGAGCGGCUCGAAAAGUCCUGACACCUCCCUGUUUGUGCCGCUAUCGCCCAGAGUGAGCCCGGGGCCCGAGGGCAACGUCGGAGCUGAACUGAGCCGGGAACUAGACAAGAGUGAGGCACUGAAAGUGUUGAAUAAAUUCUACAAACGGAAGGAGAUGCAGAGACUGGGCAGUGAGAGUGGCCUUGAUGCUCGGCUUUUCCACCAGGCUUUCAUUAGUUUUCGAAAGUAUGUGAUGGAAGCUGAAUCUCUGGGUGUGGAUUUACACAUCAUCCUGAAUGAUAUUUGCUGUGGUGCAGGUCAUGUUGAUGAUCUCUUUCCUUAUUUCCUGAGACAUGCCAAACAAGUGUUCCCAAUGUUGGAUUGUAUGGAGGAUCUGCGCAAGAUCAGUGAUCUGAGGUUACCAGCUAACUGGUACCCUGAGGCUAGAGCAAUUCAGAGAAAGAUCAUCUUUCAUGCUGGGCCAACGAACAGCGGAAAAACGCAUCAUGCCAUUCAAAGCUUCUUGGCAGCCAAGUCUGGAGUCUAUUGUGGUCCUUUGAAACUGCUUGCACAUGAGAUCUAUCAAAAGAGCAAUGAUGCUGGUGUGCCAUGUGAUUUGGUGACUGGGGAAGAGCGAAGUUUUGUGGAUCCAGAUGGAAGGCAAUCAGCUCAUGUUGCUUGUACAAUUGAAAUGUGUAGUGUAUCGACACCAUAUGAAAUUGCUGUAAUUGAUGAAAUCCAGAUGAUCAAAGAUCCUUCCAGAGGCUGGGCCUGGACUAGGGCACUAUUAGGACUUUGUGCAGAAGAAAUCCAUAUCUGUGGUGAAGCUGCAGCUAUUAACUUGGUGAUGGAGUUGAUGUUUGACACAGGAGAAGAGGUUGAGGUUGUAAGUUAUGAGCGACUAACCCCCAUGACUGUUCUGAAUACUGCACUGGAGUCACUGGAUAACUUGCGCCCUGGUGAUUGUAUUGUAUGCUUCAGUAAAAAUGACAUCUACUCACUGAGUCGGCAAAUUGAGACUCGUGGACUGGAAUGUGCAGUGAUUUAUGGCAGUCUUCCACCUGGAACAAAAUUGGCUCAAGCAAAAAAAUUCAAUGACCCUGACGAUGCUUGUAAGAUCCUGGUCGCAACUGAUGCCAUUGGAAUGGGUUUGAAUCUGAGCAUAAAACGCAUAAUUUUCAAUUCUCUCGUGAAACCAAGUAUCAAUGAGAAAGGAGAGAAAGAAAUGGACCGGAUAACUACGUCACAGGCCCUACAGAUUGCUGGCAGAGCUGGCAGAUUCAGCUCAGCCUUUAAAGAAGGGGAAGUUACUACAAUGAAUCGGGAUGACCUUCCUGUGCUGCAAGAAAUCCUGAGCAGGACCGUCGAACCCAUUGAGGCAGCAGGUUUGCACCCCACAGCAGACCAGAUUGAGAUGUUUGCCUACCAGUUGCCAGAUGCCACCCUGUCGAAUCUGAUCGACAUAUUUGUGAGCCUCUCGCAAGUCGAUGGACUAUACUUCGUGUGCAAUAUCGAUGAUUUCAAGUUCCUGGCUGAUAUGAUUCAGCAUAUCCCAUUGAAUCUCCGCGUACGAUAUGUUUUCUGCACUGCACCAAUAAACAGGAAGCAUCCCUUUGUCUGCACCUCCUUUUUAAAGUUUGCCAGACAGUUCAGCAGGAAUGAGCCACUGACAUUCGAGUGGUUAUGUCGACACAUUAACUGGCCAUUAGUGCCACCGAAAAAUAUCAAAGACCUUGUACACUUGGAGGCUGUGCACGACGUGUUGGAUCUGUACUUAUGGUUAAGUUACCGGUUCAUGGACAUGUUCCCAGAUGUGAGCCUUGUGCGAGAGAUCCAGAUCGAGCUGGACAGCAUCAUACAGAUUGGAGUGAAGAAUAUCACUCGUCUGAUCCGUGCUUCAGAUUCCAUCUCCACAACUGCUGCAGGCGCCGAAGAUGCUUCUGUUUAUGGAGGAAUAUGGACUAAUGAGAGGACAAACGUGGAGAACAUGAAUUCCAAGGAUCAGGUUUACAUUGGAUCUAGACGGAUUCGAGGGUCCAAGAUUUUAGGCUACAGAGGAGAGGUUUAUAAAGCGGAAAUACCUGGAAAAGCUGGUGACUCUUUGAGUGCCAGGCUGGUUCAGCAAGGACAUCUGACAGCUGAAUUAUUGCAGCAGCUUCAGGAGGAGUGGGCAGCCAGCCAUGGUCUCCAAACCUCCAGAAAUGCCACGACCCAAGAGCCGAGUAAAUCCACAUCCAGAGGAUUGAGGAAGAAAAAGAAAUAGCUUCAGUAUAUUUAUUCUACUCUGAAAAUGUUCUCUCCAGUUUAAACAAUAAAGGAGUGAUUGGACUAUGUGAAAAAUACCUGGUUUUCCCAGUUUGCUUGAUAUCUUUGACUGCCAGCUGCACAGAAAUCAAAGUAAAGGUUUUCCAUUCAGGUGCCACCCUGUCAUCUUGAUUGUUAGAUCAUGGUGUCAGAACCGAUACUGUAACUCUCAGUUCAUACAGGUAACACGGAUGCUAUCAAUCCAUGUGUGUUAAGAGCACCUAAUAUUUGCAUAAUGCCUUCAAGUAAGGAUGGAAGAUUUAAAAGAAAGGGGAAAGUUUUGGGGAGAGCGUUCCAAAGCUUAAGGCCUUGGCAGCAGAAAAGAGGGGCAUCAGUGAGGGUCGUGGGGAAUAUGCAAACUUUGGGUAUUUGGUAGUGAGAGAAUUUUGUAUCAUGAAUGAGGAAAUGCAUUUUAACAAAAAAAAGUCAAGAGGGAGCAGAUGAUGGUGAAUCUUCGAAAUCCUCUACCCUAGAGGCCUGUGGAAGCUCAGCUAUUGAACAUGUUCAAGACAGAAAUUCACAGAUUUCUCCAUAUUAAAAACGUAAAGGGCUAUCAGUAUGGUGCAGGAAAAUAAUGUUGAAGUAGAUUAGCAACGAUCCCAUUGAAUGGCACAGUGGGCUCAAAGGGCUGGACAGUCUCUGCUACCAAUCUGUUCUUCUGAGUUCAAGAAACGAAUUAAAGUCUAAAAGCAGGAACACAUUUUGGGAUCAUGGAUAAGCAGGUGAGACCUGUUGCUUGCGCUUCUCCAAUUUUGGGAUUGUCAGCCACUUCAUUGGGCUUGUGCCAAAGUUCAUAUUAAGAAACAGUGAACCUGAGGAUUGGGAGGAGUCUAGAAUUGAAGCCUGAGGGCAGAAAAGUAGUGAGAGUGAACUGACGAGGAACAUAAAAGUUGAUUGUAAAAGUUAUUUAAUGUAGAUGAGUGCAGAUAAAUAAAGGUCCUUAUGCUCUUAAGAGAGGAAUGGAUAGUGAAAAACAAGGAAAGGAUAGAGCAAUUAAAGAAGUAUUUUAGCUCUGCCUUCAUAGAAGAAGUCACAAUAAUGUUUUCAGAAAUGCUAGGGAAGCCAAGGUCUAUUAGCAAGAAGGAGUUGAAAUUAGCUCUAAAAGAAAGAAUUGUGGAGAAAUUAAUGGGAUUGAAAGCUGAAAUUCCAGGAACCUGAUAAUUUACAUCCUUGGGUAUUAAAGGAGGUGACCAUCGAAAUAAUGGAUGUGCUUGUUGGGGUUAAUGAGGGAAUUGUGCGUAAUGUAUCUAAGUUUGCUGCCAACACAAAAAUGGAUGUUUGAAUGGUGGUAAAGAUGCAAAGUGGUUCAAUAAAUAUCAUUGAAGUC